AUGAACACCUCUUCUACUCCGCACCAAGAGCGGGAUCGUCCGCCGCAUUUGAUGUCAGAUGAGGAGUUGCGGCAGGAGUACGUGCAGCUCUGCAGGAUGAAUGCCUCCCUGAACGAGGAGUCUGCCUCUCUUCAGUCGGAAAUAAGCGCCAUUUAUGAGGAGUCCGUUCGUUUUCAACAGAGUACGGAGGUCGAGGAGGAUAAGGUAGCGAAUCAGUUGCUCCGUCGUCUUCAGUCCGAGGAGCAGCAAAAACGCCGGCUUCUUGACCUUAUUCGCCGUGAGGAAUCCUCUCGCGAGCAAAUCAUGAAACAAAUUUCCCAAAUUAGGACCGAAAAAACAGACUUGGCGGGACAGAUGGGUCAACAGGAGUCAUUGAUGCUUCAGCUGCAGAAAAAGUUGAUGGAAGUGGUGACGAAAACAAAUGAAGUGAAACGUGAACUGCUGAAGGAACGUCGUAGAUACUUGGAAGUGCUCUCCACGCAAUUGAAUUACCUUAAGGAAGGGUCUCUCAAUGAAAAGAACGAGGAACAAAGGCCCAAGGUUGGCGAAAACGCAACCUCAAACGAACUGGAACCAAUGGAAACAGCCUCACUGAAGGCUGACGAUAAAAUAAUUGGUGUUACUACUGCCUCUGCUGCGUUUGAUGCUGCUUCAACUGACACGAAUGUGGCUAUCAAUCAUCUGGAGAAGCAGCUCAAUCGGCUUCUUUGCGAGCAUGCUGCUGCGGUUCAGGUAUCGACAAUAAAUGAAAUGCUUUGUGCAGAACUUGCAAAAAAACUGGGCACCAUUCAGCAAGCGGCUUUCUUAGAUCUUGAGCGAGCAUCCAAACUGGAAGAAGAACUCAAGGCAACCAAAUCACGCGUAGCAGUACUGGAACACCAUGCAUCUCAUAGGGACGGCUCGGUCAUUUCAGAGGACAGCUCCGGUCUGCCCACACCGACGCUGAGUUGCGUUAAUAACAAAUCAUUGCGUGAUCGUACAGUAGAAGUCCUGUCGUCGCGUCAGUGCGAGCCAAGUAGCAGUAUUCAAGCCUCACUAGAUGAAUCUGAGACGGGGGACGGUGCGCCCUCUUCUUCAUGA